AUGUGGCCGCUUCGAGUCUAUACCCGCAAGAAGCGGGCCGGCGAGAGGCUAAACCUAACCCCUACUCCGGAUCUAAGCGUCCCCGCAAAGGCGAAGGCCCCACUAGGCCCGGGCCGAAAGGGGAAACGCAAUGCACACGGUUUGCCUAAGGUCUCGGAGAAAGCGGAGCAGAGCGAGCCGGGAGGGAGCGGCUCGGGGCCGCUGAGAGUUACAGGAGAGAAAAGCCUGAAAAAUAGCACUAGUGAAGAGACCCUGGAUGAGAAGCAUGCUCCAUUGAAUGAAUCAGUAACUGAUAACCUCCAGGGUGACAGCUGUUCAUCAAAUAGUGAACUAGUAUCAGGACUAAGUUUGCAGGAUGAUAUUUCCAGUUCUCUUCAGAGCGAUUCAAUCACAGACUCUUAUACAGAAUGUAACAGUUAUGAAGAAAGUUUGAGUACCUUUUCAUCACCUGAACUGUUAAGAGGGCCAGAUUAUUUAGAUUGGGAGUGUCUCAAGUUGGAAGAACAUGUGCAAUGUAGGAAUUCCACUCUUCUGGACAGUAGUAAAGCAGUAGCAAUAGAGAAGGCAUCGCAGUUUUCAAACCUCUCUGCCAUUUUAGGUCCCUCUUCAGAAGACUAUCAGAAAUGCCAUAGAAAAAUGGUGAUGACAUUAGCAGACUAUAAUCUUUUUCCAGAACCAAAGAGUACUCCCAGUUUAGAAUCAGAUAAUGCAGCUUCUGAACUUGCACUUGGUAAGAAAACUUGCUCUCCAGCCCCUGAAAAAACAAAGAAAAAAGAAAAAAAUCCCACUAUUCCUGGUAAGAAAAGCAGAGGCCUGUUAACAAGUACUCCAUCUUCAAAGACAAGUGGUUUUGUGAUUCCUUCAAAUAUAUCAGAAAUUUGUUGUAUUAUUAGAGCAUCACCAGGAACUAGACAAGUAAAAAUUAAAGGUGUUACUGUAAAGAAGAAAUACUCUCCUUGUAAAGAUAUUCCUCAAGAUAACAAAAAGGAUAGGACUAGAAUGAUAAGUGGCUUGCCUGAGGUCAUAAAAGUAAUGACUGGCAGAAUCACAUCUAGAACCUGA